AUGGAGAAGCUGUACGAAAACGAUGGAUUUGCAGUGGCAGGGAGUGAAAAUGGUGAGACGAGUAAUAGAGUAAAUACAUCUUUCGGAGAUGAAAUAAACCAAACAACUGAGAAUAGAAAAAGGAAAGAGCCUGAAGGGAGUUCCAGUGGUGAACAACCAGACGAUGGUGAUCAAGAUGAUUCUCAUGUCCAAAAAAGAACAAGAGUUAUCUGGACAAGUGAAAUGCAUCGAAAAUUCGUCGAGGCCAUUGCACAAUUAGGGGAGGAUAGAGCUUUCCCAAAGAAGAUAUUAGAAGAGAUGAAUGAACCCGGACUUACAAAAGAAAAUGUUGCCAGCCAUUUGCAGAAAUAUCGUCUAAGCUUGAAAAAGUCCCUGGUGGAAAGUGAUUUUAAUGCAGAUACAGGGAGUACUAAGACUCCAUACAUCUAUAACUCUUCUCUGGGAAAUUGCCAGCGGCAUUAUAUGGGCACAUCUCAAAUUGGAUCCAGAAACUAUCUCCCGGUAUCUACUUCAGAUCAUUCAUCACUUUACAGAAUAAAUUACACGGGCAUUGGUUCUUCUGGAGUCCGUCUAGCACCACCAUCUUACUCGCCUUUGAAUGGAAGCUUCGGAGAUCAUGGUGGUGAGAAGGGAGACAAAUUGUUGAGCAUUUUGAAUAAGAGGCGUUGCAGUAACACGUCUGACCAUCAUGCAACACGUUCCAGCACUAGCCAUUGUGCAUUUAUGGGACUACAAUUUGCUGAUGAUGGAAAAUCACUAUUAGUUGGUGGUCCGAAGAGAUCUGAAGGCGUUCCAAUAGAAAAUUAUUCAACCAACAGUGAUUUUUAUUAUCAAGAAUCUGCAGCGCCAGCAUUCCCAAGCUUUAGCGUCGAAAAAUAUGCUCAGGAUUCUCCUUUGCCACCGUUACCAGAAUGUGAAGACUACUUGGAAGAAACUACAUUGCCUCUACCAGAAUUUUAUGUAGAAAAUUCUUUUCCGCCAUUGGAGGAUACGGUGACUUCUCAACCAAUUAUAACUAAUUCACCAUGGAACUCAAAUAUGAACAUGGCCUCCGAUGCUCUCAUCAACCAUGAAGUAUCGCUACCACCGUUACCAUCAGAAAUAACAUGGGACUCGUAUCCGGCCUGCACCACUAUAAACUCAAUUCCCCAGACUAUGACUCAACAUAGUGUAUUGCCAUCAGAGUCACAAUGGAAUGCGAAUAAUGAGGAGCAAGAGCUUCUUCUUCCAUGGUCACCAUCUGAAAUUCCUUGGAAUCUCGACUUGGAUCCUGUCCCUUAA